UCAGAACACACUGUGGGCUUUGAGUUCCAUCGACAGACGUCGUCCUGACGGAGCUGGGCAAAACAUUUGAAACUGACAUUGCGCGACGCGCUUCACAUAUCAACCCCACCCCUUCUCUCCAAUGCCAGUCCCCUGUAUGUAUUUUUAGCAGUGAUGUUCACUGUCAACUAAUCUAACGGAAAGAACAGAAAAGAACACGCUCCAGCAAAGAAGAAGAUAACUGGCAUUAUUGCGGUUGAGCGUUUAGUCAUCCACGGGAAGCAGCAAGUGAAAUGAAUAUUGAAAAUAAUCUACUGCUUUGUGCCUUGGUGAUCUUUACCCGUUCAUCGGAGACAAAGGGUCAGAGCACUUCUUUGCCCCCUGUCACCCCAGGCGCCUUCCAGCAUGAGGGCGUGUCCACUGCAUCCCCAGUCUUCCCAUUGGUCAAUGAAGAUGAGGAGGAGCCAGAGCCAAGUCCUGCCAAACAGACCUCUCCAGACCAAGUGAAUGGAGCCCCAACCAAACCAGCUUUUAUUGACGGCGACAGGCUGCUUCAAUCAGAGUCUGUUACAGAUGCUGGUGACUGGGAUGACAUGGCUCUGACCAAUCAGAUGACCACGUCUCUGCCUGCACCUGCACACACAGUCAACACCGUUACCGCCACCCAAGACAACGCCACUCUCGCAGACAGCUCCUCCUCCUCGUCCCCUGUAAAGAGCACCUCCCUUGCAGGACUGACCUCCACCCUAGGGGACACAACAUACCCUGUCCCUGCUGGAGGCCACCUCACCACCUCUACUCCUCCUGUUUUAGAUACCACCCCACCUCCAUCCCAUGUUUUAACACCGAUCCAGUCCUCUGUCCAACCCAGCACCCCAGCACUGACCCCUGCUCCAACCCAAACCCUCACCACGGAGCACACCAAGACCUCCACCCCAGUACAUGUCCCUGCUGGCCCGCCUCACCAGGAGGUUCCAUCAGAGCUCACCGUUGGAGAUGAGGACAAAGGGCCACACCUCCACUCUCCUCUGGACCCUUUGCUGGCUAGCCUGGUCUCUAUCUUUAUCAUCACCACAGCCAUCGUCUCUGUUGUCCUCUUCCUCAAAUUCCGCCAACGGACCGAUCACCCUGACUUCCACCGACUGCAGGAUCUACCCAUGGAUGACUUGAUGGAAGGCACACCACUUUCCAGAUACACUUACACCUACUGAUGACGGAACCCUCUCAUCAUCAACAGUCAACUUUACUUCUAGCCCAGCUACACAGCAGACACCCAAUCGACCACCGUUUUGGAUCCUGGCAAAGCUUUUGACUGGAUUGGAGGCCCUCUGCCAGUGACCAUGUUGCCUCACUAUGAUUCCCCCUGCCGAGCAGUUUCCAAUUUGAUUGUAUUAUGUUAACAAUUAGAAGGCAUUCAAUACCCAAUCAGGGGUUGCAGUAUUAGGACAUCAGAGGUUCCGUUUCGACAUUAGGCCAACACCAUCAUUAUUCCCUUUGAAGCUUUCAGACAUUUCAUCUGCACAGAGGUCUGUUUUGUUCUUUGUAAUGUACCCCCCCCCCCCUCCUUAUACAGGUCAUACACAGCACAGACCACUUUAUUGUGCUAUAGAAACAGUCACAGUGCCCUCUAGGGGAUAUGAGUGGAAGUGGAGUCCCCAAAUUAGUUGGUAAUGUAUGAAGAAAACACGAUGCCACAUUUGAUGAUGUUGCCAAGGACCAUGAUAGAGGGGAAAUAGACAGGGAGUGAAAGAUGCUUACUGUAGAGGGACCAUAGGUGAUUUAAAUGUUCACCAGUCUCCAUGUUAUGGGACUAUUCUAAUCCAUUACCUGGCCAAACAUUUUUUUUAAAUAUAUCUUGGCAAGUCAGUUAAGAAAAAAAUUCUUAUUUACAAUGACGGCCUAGGGUUAACUGCCUUGUUCAGGGGCAGACCGACAGAUUUUUACCUUGUCAGAAAAUUGAUUAGCUGUUUCGGUUACUGGCCCAACGCUCUAACCACUAGGCUACCUGCCACCCCAUGAGUGAAGUAUUCUUUCAAACCAGAAUGCCUAGUGGGUUGUCUUAACAAGGGCUUGAGUUUCUUGAAAAACACCCAUCCUUGGUCUUACUUGCAUGAGAACUGGUAAAGAUUCUGUAAUUGUAACCCCAAAAAGGCAGGGUAGCCUAGUGGUUAGAGCAUUGGACUAGUAACUGAAAGGUUGCAAGAUUGAAUCCCUGAGCAAACAAGGUAAAAUUCUGCCGUUCUACCCCUGAACAAGGCAGUUAACCCACUGUUCCUAGGCUGUCAUUGAAAAUAAGAAUUUGUUCUGAACUGACUUGCUGAGUUAAAUAAAGGCAAAAUAAAAAACAUUUAACCAAUGUACAGAGAGAAGUUCAUUUUUUAGGGGGUAGUGACAGAAAGGGGGUCCCCUAGAAUAAGGGUGACUUGAUUAAAAACCAUAUCUAGGUCUCCUGAGUAGGGCAGCGGUUUAAUGCACUGCAUCACAGUGCUAGAGGCAUCACUACAGACCUGGGUUUGAUCCCAGGCUGGAUCACAACCAGCUGUAAUCAGGAGUCCCAUAGGUCGGUGCACAAUUGGCCCAGCGUUGUCUGGGUUGGGGGAGGGUUUGGCCAGGGGGGCUUUACUUGGCUCCUUGUAGCAGGCUGGUCGCCUGUCGGUAGACUUCGUCAUCAGUUGAAUGGUGUUUCCUCUGACAUGUUGGUGUGGCUGGCUUUUGAGUUAAGCAGGCAGGGUGUUAAGAAGCUUUCAUGUGAAAGUGAUCGGUUAAGGAACUUUGUGAAACACAAAUUAUGAAAAAUGUUACUAUCAAAAUGUGAAUGCAAAAUGUACACUUACAUAUUUAUUAACUAUUCAGUUGAUAGUUGUCUCACCAAAUGAUCCUUUAGAUUUGUAAAUUGGAAAUACCUAAAUGAAGAAACAGCAAUGUCUAAGAACUGAGGUUUUAAAUUACAUCUAGAUUGAAAAUGACAUGUUUUGUCUUGCACUGCAACAAAUCACAUUUAGUGUUUAACUUGUGAUUUACCUGUAAGUGCCUAAAGUGAUACAGGAUGAUAUACAGUUGCAGAGUUAACUGUAAGAAAUAUGUUUUAAGGACUUGUUCCUUUGUUUGAUAAUAAAACUGAAACCCUUUUA